AUGGGCUCCUUCCAGAAAAUGCAGAGCUCUGCACUUUUAGAAACAUCGUGCGGAUAUCUACUCCAGGAAUUGCAGAUGAUAUGGAAUGAAGUUGGUGAAGACCAAUUCAAUCGUGAGAAGGUUCUACUGGACUUGGAGCAGGAAUGUCUGGAGGUCUACAGAAGAAAAGUCGACAGUGCAAACAUAUCAAGGGCCCGACUGCAUCAAGAAUUGGCUGAAUCAGAAGCUGAACUUACCCAUCUUCUUCUCUCCCUUGGUGAACGGUCUCUCCCUGGACGGCCGGAGAAAGUAUCGGGAACACUGAAGGAGCAAUUGGAUGCAAUCACCCCAGCUCUGAGAGAGAUGCGUCUCAGAAAGGAGGAUAGAGUAAACCAGUUUCGAGCUGUGCAAGCGCAAAUCCAAAAGAUAUCAGCAGAGAUUGCAGGUCAAUCCGCUUAUGAUGAUUCAAUAACUAACGUCAUAGUAAAUGAGAACGACCUUUCGUCGAAGAAACUCGAGGAAUAUCAAAGUGAGCUGCAAAGACUACACAAAGAAAAGAAUGACAGGCUUCAGCAAGUGGAUAUGUAUAUAGACACUAUCCGGAACCUUUCUGCUACAUUAGGAAUGGAGUCUUCCAUGAUAAUUACAAAGGUCCAUCCAACUCUGAAUGAGUUGUGUGGCAUUUCCAAGAACAUAAGUGACACCAUACUGGCUAAGCUGAACAGCACUGUGGAAUCUCUAAAGGAAGACAAACAAAAACGCACUGAGAAGCUUUACCAUCUUGGAAAGGCUUUAACAAACCUGUGGAAUCUCAUGGACACAUCUUAUGGAGACCGCCGGCAAUUCUUUCACGUCACUAACUUAUUACGUAAAUCAUCAUCUGAAGUGUCGGAUCCAGGAUGCCUUGCUCAAAAUAUAAUCCAGGAGGCUGAAGCUGAAGUCAAGAGACUAGAUCAGUUAAAAGCAAGCAAGACAAAGGAGAUCUUCUUCAAGAAACAGAGUGAGCUGGAAGAGAUAUGUAGCAGAUCACACAUAGAGAUACCUUCAAGAUCGGAGAUGGAAAAAAUAAUCAACCUUAUUAACUCUGGUGAGAUUGAUCAUGCAAAUCUCCUUAUGAGCAUGGACGAACAAAUAUCAAGAGCAAAAGAAGAAGCAUCCAGCAGGAAGGCAAUAAUGGAAAAGGUUGAAAAGUUGAUGCUGGCGAGAGACGAGGAGCGUUGGUUGGAAGAAUAUAGCAUGGAUGAGAAUCGGUAUUCAGUCAGCAGAGGAGCUCACAGGAAUCUGCGACGUGCAGAAAAGGCCAGAAUCCAGGUCAAUAAGAUUCCAGAUUUGUUAGGUUCACUUGUCUCCAAAACAAAGAGUUGGGAAGAAGAGAGAAAGAAAGUCUUCUUGUACGAUGAUGUACCUUUGAUGGCAAUGAUAGAAGAAUAUAACAUGGUAAGGCUUGAGAAAGAGGACGAAAAGCGAAGGCAAAAGGAAACGAAGAAGGUGCAGAUCCAAGUAGAACCAGAACCCCCCUUUACCUCGAGACCAAGCACCAGUAGUCGACGCCCUUCCAACAGAAGCUUGAAUGGAGGCUUAAGCUAUGCCACUCCUUCAAACAGAAAGCUGUCUAUGAGCAUCCAACGUUUGGGUAGCAAUAGCAUCAACUAUUCUGCAACUCAAGCCAUAUCAUACAUAAAGGAAGGGAAGAAAAUGCAUGAAACUAAGAUUCCUCUUCCUACUCAUCGUGGGAUUACUCCACGAUUUCAAGACGAAACAGCUUCAGUACUCUCAACAUUUUCUGGGCCCUUGUCCCCUUGA